AUGUAAAAUAAUAUAAUAGUAUAUUAUGAUAUCUAAGAUUUUCUAAGCUCUGAACUGUCAUCACUUACAAAUCUUUAGAUUAGUUUAAAUAACUAUUUAAUUGGUGAUGAAGGAGCAUAAAAAUUGGGACUUGGUUUAGCUCAGUGCACUAAUCUAUCAUCUUUGACGCUUUACCUUGAGAGAAAUUUAAUUGGAGUAUAAGGUGUAUCAAUUUUGAGUUCUAGUUUAGCUAAGUUUUCUAAUAUCUCAUUUUUGUCACUUGAUCUUCGCUAUAAUCCAUUAUAAAAUGAAGGAGUAUCAAUAUUGGCUUCUAGCUUAGCUUAAUGCUCUAAGCUCUCAACUUUAACACUUGAUCUUAGAUAGAAUUCUAUUGGUGAUUCAGGUGCAUCAAACUUGAGUUAUAGUUUAAAUUAGUGCCCUAAUCUCUCAACUUUGACAAUUUAUUUUAGAAAUUCAGAAGAAAACUGCUUAAAAUCAAAAGGUUAGUUUAAAAAAUAAUAAAACUAUCAUCAUACUGAAUGA